GAGUGGAACGCGCCAAAACGUUAUCGUCAACCCACUCAUUUUCCAAUUUCCAUCUCUAGCAACAUGUUUGACAACGGCGGCGGCUUCGACUUGGUGCUCGUCACUAUCGCGCUCUUUCUCGCACUGCCCAUGGUCUUCUACGGCGCUGGCAUCCCCACGUACUCGGCGCUCGUCUCGUGCUUCUUCUACGCGUUUUCCUUUGCGUGGAUGUUUGGCCGCGUCGUCUCGAGCGAAAUCACGACCGGUGGCGCUGUCGCCUUCACCGUCUUUGCCUCCGUUGCAUUGGUCACGCCGUGCUUGGCGCCGUCCUCGCGCGGUUUCUUCAUUGUGGGCUUCCCCGCCUUUGCGCUGACAGCGGCCUUUAGCAGCUCGGCGUCUCCGUUUCUCGUGCUGCUUGCUGCGACUGCGGUCAGUGGCGCGCUCGGCGGCUGGGGCGGUCGCCACCAACGCGCGCAACUUCUCUCGACGGCGCUCAGUGGCGCCCUCAUGAUCACACUCGCGAUCUCCGUCUAUGUCAUCGGGAAGGGCGAGGACUCUAGCUACUCGACAACGUACCGCUACACGAACAGUGACGGCUAUACGUACACGACGACCACCAAGAACAAGAACCGGGAUUCAGGCUUGAGCCCAGACCUUGUCGUGGGCCUCUUUUUUGGCACGUUCCUCGUCGGGCUCCUCAUUCAGGCCCAGUGCACCAAGCCGUCGCCGGAGGCUGCGGCCACCGCCAAUGGCGCCCCGUACCAGGCUGCGUGAGCUUCUUGAGAGUACAUCCGGUUUUGCGCUCAUCUACCUAAUCUAAUUUGUCAUUACACCAACUACAAUAUCACUCAGGAUAUGUUCUUGUA